GAUCGAUACCAGUGCACGUGCGCAUAGCAUAAAAGGUGUGACGGUACCGCAACAUUUUCCCAGGAGUUUGAGAACGUGUGUUUAGCACACCUUUCGUUCACUGUAUCGAUGGUGAGUCAUUCAAUCGAGUGGAAGAGAUGCUGCUGAGAUCAUCUAGCAUACGUGUAACCCGAUGAAAGGAUUUACAAUGUGUGGGAGCACAUUACAAAGUGAGCGAAAGAGAACUAAGAAUUGUUUCAAAGAGACGAAUGUAGCAAUAAGCCUCAAAGUAAAACAAAGAACACAUCAGUACUAAUCCAGACUUCGACCAGUGAAGAUCGUAUUAAGUGUUUAAAAAAAGACGCCUCCCCACGACGACUGCAGCCUGCUUCGCGAUGCCAUCCAGCGAGCAAAUUACGUACACUGUAGCAACUACCGUCGAUCGCGAUGCGGUGCGCGAUGCACUGAUAAGCUUCUACUACCCGGAGGAACCGCUAACCACUGCCCACCGUAGUGGCGCCGAAGUAACGCCGGACGACCUGGAUAAUAGUUUGGCAUUCAUUGAACAGGGUACCGUUACACUGGCGUGGCUCAACAAAACAACCGACGGAGAGCCGGCUACUGUGGUAGGCAUUGCCAUCGGUGGACCAUCUGAUGCUGCCUUAAAUGUGCCGAUUCGUACAAGCAAGUUUGCGGACAUAGUGGCAUUCCUUGAUUGGGUAGCGCAAAGCAGCGUUGCCAUGGGUACGCGACCGUGCUACAACAUGCACUGUCUAGCCGUUCACCCAGCCUACCGUGGCCGUUCGAUCGGGCGGCAGUUGGUCGAGCAGCAGAUGUUGGUAGCGAAGCGUGUCUGUCCCAAGCUCGAGGCGUUUACUGCGGAUGCGACGGCCCGUAAAUCGGAGCACCUACUGAAACGGUUAGGUCUGUGCGAGAUAGGUCGCUUGCGUUUCGAUCAGUACCGCGACGAACGGGGUGAUCGCGUGUUUGAUCAACUGCCGGAUGGGGUAGUGGUAACGUUGGAAAAAGCAUUAUAAGAAAUACAGAAAAUCGGAUACCUGUAAAACUACCACCAGUAAUAGUGUGGCUUAUUUUUGGCAAGAAA